AAACAAUUAAAUAGGCUAGCCUCAGGUGCUUUAGCUGGCAUUGUAGCCAAAACAAUAACGUAUCCAUUAGACUUGGUCAGACAUAGGCUACAGAUAAAUGAACGAAUUAGGCCUGGAGCCUUCGGUCAAACGACUGCUUACGGCGGAAUCCACCAUUCGCGGAAUUGUUAAACACGAAGGGGUUACAAGUUUAUAUAAAGGUAUUUGGCCUGCUUUGCUCAAAGAAUCAACACAGACGGCGCUCUCAUUCUUUUUCUAUGAACUUGCUUGUGACAUUCUCUCAGGGGCAUUAUUUAAUUCAAAAUAG